AUGAUCGUUUUGUCCUCUCAUUCCAAAACCUUCCUACUCUGCCCGUUAUUAUAGUUUCAGUAUCAGUCGCCGGAGCAGUCUUCAUUUCAUUUUCUCCUCUGGGAACACGAAGAGAUACCAGUCUCCAGAGCAAUGGCGGCUUCAGUACACGCGGCGGCUACGCUUAUUCAACCCUCCAAAUUGGCCGUCUCCGCCAGGAGCGGCACCUCGCAACUCAGAUCUUCUCAGACCGUUUCUAAAGCUUUUGGCCUUGAAUCUGCCGGAGCUAAACUCACCUGCUCUCUGCAUUCCGAUCUCAAAGAAGUUUCUCGGAAGUUCGCCGAUGCCGCCAAGAUCGCCGGCUUCGCUCUUGCCACUUCCGCUCUUGUAGUCUCGGGAGCAGGUGCUGAAGGAGUACCAAAGAGACUCACCUUUGAUGAAAUCCAGAGCAAGACAUACCUUGAAGUGAAGGGAACUGGAACAGCAAACCAGUGCCCAACCAUUGAUGGAGGAGUCGAGUCAUUUGCCUUCAAGCCUGGGAAAUACCAAGCCAGGAAGUUCUGUCUGGAGCCAACUUCGUUCACUGUGAAGGCUGAGGGAGUGAACAAGAACUCCCCACCAGAAUUUCAAAACACCAAGCUCAUGACUCGCCUAACUUACACCCUGGAUGAGAUUGAAGGACCCUUUGAAGUGGGUUCUGAUGGUUCCAUCAAGUUUGAGGAGAAGGAUGGCAUUGACUAUGCUGCUGUCACUGUCCAGUUACCUGGAGGCGAGCGUGUCCCUUUCCUCUUCACCAUCAAACAGCUGGUGGCCUCUGGAAAACCAGAGAGCUUUGGAGGAGACUUCUUGGUCCCAUCAUACCGUGGCUCAUCUUUCUUGGACCCAAAGGGAAGAGGAGGUUCAACUGGGUAUGACAACGCUGUUGCAUUGCCUGCUGGAGGAAGAGGUGAUGAAGAAGAACUUGCCAAAGAAAACGUCAAGAAUGCUUCAUCUUCAACAGGCAAAAUCACUUUGAGUGUCACCAAGAGCAAGCCCGAGACUGGUGAAGUAAUUGGUGUAUUUGAGAGCAUUCAGCCUUCUGAUACUGAUUUGGGGGCAAAAGCUCCAAAGGAUGUGAAGAUCCAGGGUGUCUGGUACGCUCAGCUCGAUUCUUAGGCCGCCUCUCUUUCUUCCUUUAUGAUUGCAUAUUGUUCCUUGUAAGUUAAAAAGGGAAAGCUGCUAAACUUUCUUAUGGAGAGACGAUAAAAGGGGGUUCUGUUUUAUCCAGUUUGCAUAUAAAAUCUUGUGCCUUCCACUCGUCCUAAAUA